CCCGACGCUGUUCCAAACCCAGGCAAGCCUGCGAACCUGCACUACCUCGACCUGUGCGGGAAAAAGUUCUGGUGGCUCUUCAUGCAGAGAACAGGAAGAGGGGCCACAGGAGGCGUGAGCAGGCGGUUGCGGCCAGCGGCAGGGGCGGGGGGCGAGCAGCAGCGAUGGCGCGGAGGAGUUGGUGAUGGGCACGAUGAAGACGAUGCGGAGGUGGGUCGCGGCCCAUAUGCUAUUUUCUUGACGCGUCGGUGUGCUCGAUGGCAGUUGAAAGUUGAAACGCUGAUUAGGAGGACCCCUAAUAAACCCUAAGUCCCCGAUUCGGCCGCUCCAUCUCGCCGGCACCCUUCAGUUUCAGUCCUUCACAGAUCUGACCCCGGCGCAGCGCACCCCUUCCUCCAUUGAGCAGCUAUCCCUUUGCUAAGCCACGCUACCCACCCUUGUUCGCCGCCCGGAAUCGGGAUGACUGCAAAGAAGCGUAAGGACAAGAGGGACCAAAGAGCCAUAGAUGAAAAUAAGAGACUGACUGUCAAGAUGCAGGCAAAGGCAAGGGACAAAAGAGCCAGAAACAGAGGGAAACUGGCAAAAGAAAAACAGGUUUCAGGAGAUAGUUCUCCCGGAACACUCCAUAUAAAUCAAAUGGUGGAACUCAACCGGUUGUUGAUGAAGCGGACACAAGAUUUUUGUGAGAAAUAUGGACAUCCUGAUCCAGUUGAUUUGGACCGGAGUUUUGUGGAGAAGCCAUUUGGUGGUGAUAUUAUGAAUUCUGAUAUUUCGUUGGCUUCCAAUAUUGUCUCGCUUGCUUUAGUCGAUGAAGAACAGAUUUUAUUUGCAUGCUCGGGCCUAGCUGUGAAGUGUAUGGCAAUGACGAGGCGUGAAGUAACAAUAAUUGUGACUUCAAAACGUUUGGUUACAGAAUUUAAUAAAAUAAGAAACAGAGAUGAUAGAUUGAGGAUUCAAGUGCUCUUUCCUCGCGAAAGAAAUAUCAAAAUAUACGGGUCACUGGGACUAUAUGAUAAAGAUAUUGCUCUUGUCAUGUGCUUCUACUACUCAAAUCCAUAUGCUGUACAUGAUAUCCCUUCUGAUAUACAACCUGCUGGUAUUGAUAAAGUAAGAGCUCUUGGGCGUGCCUUCAGCUCGGGCACUUUGAUGUCCGCUACCGGGAAGCCGAUUUAUGACCGGACUCCAAAUCUUCCUGAACAUGCUCUGAUGUACAGUACUUGUGCUAUCACAGAGGCUGGACUUGGAGGUCCACUUACGACUAUGUGGGGGGUAUGGAAAAUUCAUUCUGGGGUUGAUCGUUGAUUCUGAUGAUACCAAAACAAAUAGGACCUCAAUCCUACCAUUGAAGUUACUUCAGGAGCGCUUGCGGUAUUUUGAGAAGUACUUCCCGAACAGUACCAACUACCGUGAAUAUGCCUUGCCUGAAGAUUUAUGUAGCAUAGUCCCAUCAGGAUAUUGGAGUACAGUCAAGCAUCUAACAUCCAUGGGAUAUCAUAAGCCACCACCAUUUGCGCUUGAGUUAGGUGGGCAAUUGUGUGAUAAAUUUGAAGAUGAUUUUGGUGAUUUAUAUGGUUACAAGGGCUUAGAUUACAAUCUCUGGUGUCGUGGUACUGAGGAGCUGGUCUUUUCUAAACUUCGGACAGAAGUAGUGACAAAAUUAUGCCGGCGGGUUGUUUUGCUUACUUCAUACGAUGGAGACAAGAGAUCUUUCGCAUGCACUGGCUACCUUAUAAAGUGGCAUAAGAAAGGCACACCCGUUAUUCUGACCUCGGCCAGUUUGAUUAGAAGUUCAGAUAAUGAAAGCAAGAUCAAUGAGAAAUUUAAGAUUGAUGUGUUUCUCCCACCAAAUCAGCAUGCUACCGGGACAUUGGAACUGUAUCAUUCAGAUUAUAACAUUGCUGUAAUCAGUGUUCAGCCACGUCUACGGUGUAUUCAUCCGGAGAAUAUUUUCCAUGGAGAAAAGGGACGUAAAAAGGUAGUAGCUAUAGGGCGCGAGGUUGAGGAUGGAGUAUUAAUGGGGACAAUUGGUUUUGUGCCUGAUAAGCCUUAUGACAAACCUAGAAAUCUUGACUGCAAAGACCUUAAGCUGUCUACUUGUAAAAUCAAGAAGGCUGGGAUUGGUGGUCCACUUGUUAAUUUUAUUGAUGGAAGUUAUGCUGGCAUGAACUUCUAUGAUGGAACUAGGAAAACACCUUAUCUGCCAAGGCGUAUCAUUGCAGAAGUUCUAAGUAAAACUGAUCUCCCAUCACAAAUAGGAAUGAGCCAGCCCAUAAACAUAAUGAAUGAAUCCGCAGUUAAAAACAGGUGGCCCGUGCCUAAGCCAUAUUGGUACCAUCCUUCAUUUGGCGCCACUCCCCGAGGAUGUCCUAAAGUCCCCCCACCAAAUUUGUAAUACCGAAUCAUCCACAAAGAUUUCGAUCAGCGAUGGCAUAUGUCAAACACGAAUACCACCUGAAGCUACCAGUAUAACACUUGGCAUGGAUUCCCGGCCAGUCCUGAGUGAAAAGUAUACCACGAGCCAGUUUGGUGGUCUUUUGCAAUAAGAUCAUCGUGCAAUAAAUCAACAAAACCUAAGAGUCCUCUGUGCCAGUUUGGUGGAAGGCAACCCCUGUAAACCGCAGUAAAACGUCAUCAUUACUGUUCCGACUCAUCUGGUUGCAAUUAUUAAGGGACCUUUUUGUGUAAGAUUAAGCUUGGUGGAAGGCAACCCCAGUAAACGGCACUAAAAUGUCAUCACUACUGUCGUUAUGCUAUUGUCUAUCUAUUGUUGUCCAUGGUUCGACUCAUCUAGUUACAAUUAUUUGAGGGACCUUUUUAUGUAAGAUUAAGCUGGGCUGAUCUUACUCUGUUGACUUAGCCUGCAUUAUAUC